AUGUCUUCUGGUCAAAAUGCAAAUAGAACCGCCGAAAAUAAUGUGAUCACUUUGAAUGAUUCCGAUGAAGAAACGGAAGACAGCAAUCCAUUAAGUACAAGUAGCUCCAGUGCCUCCUUGAAUCUUUGUAAAGUCUACGAAGCCGAAAAAGCUGCCCACCACUAUGGUGCUCUCAGCUGUGUCGGAUGUAAAGGAUUUUUCCGUCGAGCACUUCUCAAGGCGGAUCAGUUGGAAUGUGCAGCGAUUGGAGAGUGUACAGUUAGUGUUUUGCAAAAAAUACAAUGCAGGAGUUGUCGAUUCAACAAGUGCCUUCGAGAAGGGAUGAAUCCUGCUUUUGUCCGCCCAAACCGAGACGCUCCUCCAAAACCACGUAAACCCACAACUACCGUAGCCUCAUGUGACCUAACUGAUCGUGGCAGGACCACUAAAACACGUGAGGAAUGGAUGAAGAAGAUGACAGUCGAGAUGAGAACUAUACUCAUGACUUUGUUGAAUAUUGAGACAAAAGUAAUGAAAGGAGACACUCAGCAGGAGGCAUCGAAGUUGUAUCCACUCAAAGGGAUCGAUAAAUUGAGGGAUAUUGUGGAGACAGCAAUUAGUUUGAAGGGAAAACGAACGGAAAUGAGAUAUGAAGCAUAUCGAAUGGCUGGAAAUGAUGAGUUGUGUGCGAUUGCGUAUAGGAGAUUGAUUGCGGCUAUUGAUUGGGUGGAGAGCUUAUCGCCAUUGUUGGGACACUUGACGGUGGAUGAUAAGAUAGCACUCAUCAAAUCCUCCUUCGCUCCCCUUAUGGUCUUCAACUUCUGCGCCCGGACCGCCGAAGCCUGCCAAGACGAAAAUGUGUUAUGCCUCUGUAAUUUUGCAUAUGUACCGAGAAAUAUUUCAAAACUAUAUGAAGACACUUAUCAUCUUGGAAACGGGCUUGUCGAACGGGCACUAAAUGAACUCGUAGCGGUUUACAGGGAGUAUGGAAUGAGAGAAGAGGAAAUAGUCUGUGUGAAUGCAAUGAUUUGUUUGAAUCCCCUGGCGAAGGAUGUGUCGGAUACACUUUUUGAGAAGAUAGUGGAAUUGAGAAAUCGAAUAGCGGAUUGCUUGUUUUCAAUUGUCAAGGAAGUUAGGUUAAGCCCCACACCGAAUGAUUGCUAUGGACAUAUUCUGUUGUCAUUGGCUACUGUUACGGAACUAGCCAACGCGAUGAGCGAGAAUCUCCAAUUCGCUCAAACAUUUUCGAAUCAAGGUGAAAUUCCUCUGUUGACUGAUCUGUUCGGAUGCUUCACUGUUGAACCAUUCUUCAAGGAAGUCGAUGAGUUGGCAGCGUUGAGUCUGGAAAAGGCGUUGACUGAAAAGAAGGAAAUUAGUACACAGACUGAUCGGGUGCCACCCCCGAGGGCUUUGCUGAAACGGCAAGCAACAAUAGACGAGGAGAGUGAAGAACCUGCUCGACAGAACUUCCGACUUUUACAACCACCGAACAAUUUCUAUAUUACGGAAAUGUUGGAUGAUUUGAGAGCACCCUCCUCCUCAAUUUCCCUCUCCUCCCCAGAUGAAUACCAUCCCACCAGCACUGCACCAAUGAACAAUCACGCCGAGAAUCAUCUGAUGGGCUUGAAUUAUGAUGCGUCGACAAUACAGAAUGGUGUGAGCAGUAAUGGAGUUGCUCAUCCUCCUACUGUACCUACUGUACCACCGAUCGCUGCGAGACCCGUCUACGAUCAGCAACCAUCGUGUUCCAAUCAGAAUCCGUCUACAUUUUAUAACUUCCCCCCUCCACCCGGUUACCCACCUCUUAAUGCUGGUUAUACUCCAAAUAUCAACUAUCCUCAACUCUAUCAACAACCCCAAUAUUACAAUUUUCCCGCUCAAAAUGUAGAUCAAACUUACCCAUAUUCUCAAGACAUUCCCCCACCUCAACCAUAUUUCUACAACCAAAACCCUCAAAAUUAUCCACAUCAUCAUAACAAUUUUCAGAAUCAAUACGCGUCUUGA